AUGGAACAACGUGCCGAGUACACGUGCAAGAAGUGCCGUGGCCACGGUCAGAUCGUCCCGCUAAAAGGCCACAAAAAAGCCUGCCCCUGGCAGCAGUGUAAGUGCUCGCGUUGUUUGCAGGUGGAAGUAUAUCGCCACCAACAUGCACACGACCAGGACAUACAGGUGAGAGGGGCGACGAGCAGUUCUCAAGGUCUCCGAGCGGAGGAGGUAAUCGGAGUCGCCAACCUCAUCAAGAAGGGAGAGGAAGACAGCACGUCUGACAGAACUAAGUCCGCGGAGCUGAACAGGAAGCUCGAAGCAAGGGGCAUUCGAAACAAGGAACUCUAUUCCGCCCUAAAUAGGAGCAUGGAGCAGUAUUCGGCGGAACGGCCAAACACACAUCCAGCCCUUCAUCUGAGAAAGGCCAUUACUGAGUACCAAGAACAGAGAGACCGGAGCAGUGGAGAGGGAAAGGGGAGAAAAUACUCGUACACUACCACCACCAUGUGGGAUAGCUACAGUAGUUCACCAGCUGUACCAUCACUCACGGCCAAUUCAAGUCAGGCGAAGAAACAGGUGAAAGAACCACAGGAACCAACCCCAGGCUGUUCACGCCAAUCGGAUAUCGAUGAGGACAUUGAGAAAAUGAGGGAAAUUGUCCCCGAAGCUGAAGUGACCCUGGGAUUGUCUGUCCUCCAGGACAUCAGGGCGUCUUGUCGUGACGCGGAGGACGCCAUAGAAAUGCUCCUUGCCCUCAUGAGGUCUUCAACGAAAACACCGUCACCAUCCCACCGCGUACUACCGUGCAGGCAGGCGAAAUUAGCAGAACUAUUCCCCAAUGUUUCUCCGGGUCUGCUAAAGGCCAUAAGCGACAGAUCGGAAGACACCCCCGCGGCGGUGGAGACAGUCAUUAAUGUUUUCGCCUCACCCAAGUCCAUCGGGCAGACACCGUAUGCCACACAUCGGGGGAAGAAGCGACGGCGAUUUCUUUGCUUCACACCAGACAAGCACGGACCGCGCACCCGUACCCCGGAAACACCACCACAACCCACCACCCCGGAAACACCACCACAACCCACCACCCCGGAAACACCACCACAACCCACCACCUCGGUCAAGUACGUUCCUGGACCGCGUACCCCAAACCUUAAACCGGACAAUGAGUGCGCACAGAUGCUCAACUUCAACCGUGACAUCAACUCUGCAAAACAGGCCGUGGAGGGAGCAGAGCUUGCUUCGGGAGGAGCAACAUACUACAUCAAGGGCCCCCGCAAAACACCGGUAAAAAAAGAGGAUCACAGUAUGUACACUGUGUGGGCAUUGUUGCGACUCCCGAAGCAAGUUCUGCGGGGAAUGCGGAAAUAG